CACGGUGAUAUUGUUGUGAUCCAACAAGUGGAGGGAGCCAUGUUCCGGAGAAGCAAGAGCAAAGCGUUGGUGGAAGAGGCGCCGGAGGAGGACGACGACGACGACGACAUGUCUUGGCACUUCCGUCACUGCUACAAGGACAAAGACGUGGAAGGAGAGGAAGAGGGGGAAGCCAUCACGCACGUAUCCAAGGAGGCCAAGGUGAAGAUGAUGUCCAAAAAAGACAGGAAGGAUAAGAAGAUGUUGUCCUCCAAAGACGACAAACACUUUUUGCUGACCGGAGAGAAGCUGGCGGAGCGCCCGGGGUGUCACAAGAAAGAGAAAUGCGAGAAGCCCGACAAAGCGCUUUGCUUCUGGGAAAGCGUCACCAUGACCACCAUGAGACACAUCUCCCCCGCCAAAAAGACGGACGGGCGGGAGACAUCCCAAGCGCGGGACCACGGCGCCGCCCCAAACGGACGCUCGCCCUCUCGGAGCCCCGCCUGCGCCAAAGUCAGGUGGACGUCGCGCGCCAAAGUCAGGCUGGCCGGAAUGGGCAGGUUGCCCAGGAAGAGUCUGUCGGACGCCGCCUGGCAAGGCCUGGACUAGACCUUCUCUCAGUUUGAGCGCCAAAGAAGGCGGAAUGGUGAUUUGCGGCCCCUUUAGAGUGCCUCGUCGUUGCCGCGCGCCAACACGUAUUUGGCAUUUUUUUCCUUUGCUUUGUGACGCCAGCUUUGUCGUAGAACAGUCAGCCCGUUGAAAACGGAAGCCGACGUACCGUACGCGCUGCGCUGGCUCUCGUGUCAUGCAUGUCAAGUGCUGUGAAGCAAUCGAGCAACUUCCUUUUGUUUGUUCCCACAAGCAUUUCCAGGGCUUUCAUAAUCAAAAGGAAUGGCACGCUUAUAGAAAACAGGCAUCACAUUUGCUUUUUGAAGAAAAAGACAAAGAGAAAAUAGAGAGCAGAUUUUUGAAAGGC